AACAACUUCAAUUUGUAAAAUGUCAACUUUUGACAACUUUGACGUUAACGAUUUGACAUCUCCUUUCGCCUUUUUCAUGGGCGCAGAACAACAACAAGUUUGAAUAUAGUUUUUAAAUCGGUUUAUUUUCCUUAAAUCGCUAAAAAUGGCUAUCAGGCCCGUUUAUAGACCGGAGAUCGUCAAGAAACGUACGAAGAAGUUCAUCAGGCAUCAGUCCGACCGAUAUGCCAAGCUAAAGAGGAACUGGCGUAAACCCAAGGGUAUUGACAACAGAGUCAGGAGGCGCUUCAAGGGCCAAUAUUUGAUGCCAAAUAUUGGUUAUGGUUCAGCUGCAAAGACCCGUCAUAUGUUGCCCACUGGGUUCAGGAAAGUCCUUGUACACAAUCUUAAGGAAUUGGAAGUCCUUAUGAUGCAAAACCGCAAAUAUUGCGCGGAAAUCGCUCACGGUGUGUCCGCAAAGAAGAGGAAAGAAAUCGUCGAGAGGGCGCAACAAUUGAGCAUUAGGGUAACCAAUGGACACGCUAGGAUGCGUAGCCAGGAAAAUGAGUAAUUUUAAGUUGACAGCCUUAAUAAAAAAAUUAAAAAGA